UCUAAGCACAAAAGACUCAUUAGAUUUAUUUCCUUUACUGGGUAAAUACAGUCCAACCAUGUGAUCCACAGAUUAACCAAUGAGCAGCCGAGAAGAAGGUAAGGGCAGGAAAAAAAUUACUACCAUUUUAGGGGAGGAUGUAAGCCACUAUACUAGCCCAUCUAACGUUUUACAGUCGCACUUAAGUGUCUUUUUAUUGAAAUAAUAAAAUAAACAUGUCGCUAACGAAUUAUUAUUCCAUGAUGGGGCUCCAGACUGAGGAGCCGUACGGUGCACAUUUCAUCCCGGGAGGCUUGCAGGGUUCGACGGCCGGCUGUGCGAAGCCAGCCCGGGGAGCUGAGGAGGAAGGGACCCCCGCCUCACACAUUCCGGAUUUUUCACAUUUUUCCAACAAACAAACGAGCUUAAAUGGCUUUUCUCCUUGGACUAACACCUCUACGUCCUCGUCGCCCUCUUCUCCGCAGCUGCAUUCCACCCCCGGCGCGUCCAUCCCUGGCCUUUUCCAUCCACAUCACCUUCUGACUCACCACCACCACCCAUACUAUAGCCCGCAGACGCAGACCCACGCCGAGCACCUCGCAUCAUCGGCAGCUGCUGAGAGCAGAUUCGUCCGCUGCUGGGAGGGGGCGACUCCCUCUUCGGAGACCUCUCUGUCACAUACCGGUUUUCCCGGGUGUCUCCCUACUCAGGGUGACCUCUCCAAUUCGAGCCCGAGGUAUGAGGCGGUAAAACCCGAGAGUUCGCCACCACCGCCACACGAGGACAGCCCCGAGGGUUCUAGCUUCGGCAGCCCGGCUGAGGUGGUCCUCGAGCGGCUUGGGACAGUUGAGGAGCUCGGUAGGAAAACGGAGCCCAAAAAGGAGGAAGAGGAGAGAAAACCUCAGCCACAGCUUGACCCGGAAAAUCCUUCAGCCAGUUGGAUCCAUGCCAAGUCCACUAGGAAGAAAAGGUGUCCUUACACCAAACACCAGACGCUGGAGCUGGAGAAGGAGUUUCUGUACAACAUGUACCUGACCAGGGACCGGCGCCUGGAGGUGGCAGGACUCUUAAAUCUGACUGAGAGGCAGGUUAAAAUCUGGUUCCAGAACAGACGGAUGAAGAUGAAGAAACUGAUGACCCGGGACAGGAGGAGUAUCAAUGAAUGAAUGAAUGGGUGGAUGGAUGAAUGAAUGAAGUAAAAAAAUAAAUGAAUGAAUGAAUGAAUGAACAAGGACUUUGGAAAAGAUGCUUGGGUUGUUUUAUCUGGGAUAUCAGUCAAGUUUACAGCUGGUGAAAGCGCUCCAAGCUGCCCCAAAAUGAAACCCACAGCUGGCUUAAUCAGCAGUUUCUAAGCAAGGGGACUGUGGAACCAACAUGGCCCCUUGAAAACUGCAGUGCUGAGAAUCUGCAGGGGAUACUAGUAGGAUGUGUUGUAAAACUCGUUGGAAACUUUGGAAAAAAUAUGGUUCUGUCUUAUCCUUUUGGCCUUUUCGUGGCCGAUCUUCUGAACUCUGGUGGAGAAUUCUUCCAUCUGCAUGUUACAAAAUAAGGAUAGUAACCCUGUAACCUGGGGUAGUUGUAAAUAAAGCUCAGAAUCACAGCGAGAUCCAUAAAUCAAAUUAAAAAAACACACUAGUUGAUAUCAAAGGCCUCAUGUGCUCAUUUCAAAAACACAUCUGUUUUUCAUAAAGUUAUACAUCCCACGUGUCCAAAUCUUAAACUACUAGACACACACUUGACUUCACAUACUGUAAAUUGGCUUGUGCUUUCUGCCAAAAUCCGAAUCUUGUUUUAUGAUUUAGUGCCCAAACUAUCGUCCUCGUAAAAAACUGCUUUCAGUGUGCCAGAUGAGACUGAACUGCAAGGCAACUAUCAAAGAUAAAUCCCUUGAGUGGGUUUAUGACCAAACACCUGUCUGUUAGCGGCGGAAAAACAGUCGCAGAGUGUUUAUCUGACAUUAGAAUAAAACACUUUAAGAACCGAAAUCCUAAACAAACAGAAGCCUGACACUUAAAACGGUCUAUUGCCUUAAGGAGAGGAGAGCAAGACAAACCUCGAAAGAUUAAUGAGUGAGUUUCAGCAGUAUCGAAUGGAAAAAAAAGGGAAAUAUUAGCAACUGAUUUACUGAACCCUCUGUUGGCUUUUAUUUGAAGGGAAAGAUGUUGUUAUUCCUGCUUAAAAAUAUGAAGUCAUUUGCAAUAACUGAAAGUACAUUUACUGUGGAUGUGUUGUUAUUCAGCCUCAUUGCUUCUGGUAGACAAUAACACAACCCUGCAUCUGUCACAUGUCAAGUGUUCCACAAGAUGUUUAAUGCACAUGGUUGAUUACACCAUGAAAAGCAUCUGAAACUACAUGUGCUCAAUGUGAGUUUUUA